GCGAAGCAGAAGACAAGUAAGGGAAUCUGGGAUAUUCAGAAGUUCGAUCAGGACUGUGCGACGAAUUGAACAACCUACAGCAGUAUGAAUCACCUACCAUGCGAACGAGGAAAUUAGACCGAGCAGUAGAAUACAGUAUAUUCGGAACUGGGCUCAAAUCUAGCAAGCCUUUUCGGCUCGAGGACUUUUGCAAGCUCAUCCUCUCGCGUGUUCGAAAAUUUUCAGAAGGGCGGACAACGGACUACUUCUCGUCUACUGCAGCAAAUAAUUCUACGAGGCGUUUUCCCUCAAAAUGUACCAUCUUGAUAAUGCAUGUUCGCUGGUCAUUCGUGGUCGAGAGCUCAAGCCUUAAAGCACGAAGACAUCUGCCUAUGAGAAUCAUGCAGAUGCUCAAGGUCAUCCCUCCUGCUUGGAAAGAGGACUGAGUGAACUGGAGUCCCUUGUGUGCAUGUAGAAGCACUUACCCCGCCUCUCAUACCUGGAUUAAUACUACUUAGCAUACCUGCUAAUCAAGUUUUACUUUUAGGCGAUAAAUCGCUAGAUGAUGAUGAGAAUAAGUGAAUUAUGUUUUGCACAAUAUCCCGUGACCUCAAAUUCACUUUUACAUGAACAAUGUGAAUGACAAGACCCUCUUUGCUUCUUGUCCAAUCAUAACAGCACUUGUUCGAUAAUAUGAAAAACAGUAUCCUACUUCUGGAUAAACUGCUCCUGUUCUCGCACCAUAUUCUCCAGCCCGAGUCAUCUCCAAGUUCACUUGCUUCGCUCUAUCAUCCUUCUCAUUUUGAUCCGGGCCACCUUGAUCAUCUCCGACAUCUUCUACCUCCUCCUUUGGUUUCACAAGGGCCUCCUUUCUUUUGCCUUUUGCGAAGUUUUGCGGCUCGUAGUCUCCUUCCGCUUUCACUUUCUUGUUACUUGCUUCUGGAGCCAUACCAGGUUGUGUACUCUCUCUAUAUAUCUUUCCUUCCUCGCUGGGUCUUUCUCGUUCUACCUCAUUUUCAUAUAUCUAGUGAACCCUCUGGUGAGCUUCAAAUCUAUGUGCCAGAGGAAGGUCACAAAGUGGGCGGGAUGCAUACUGUAUCAGGACCGGCCACAGGGCCGGCAAGAAAUACAAGAUCGAAAACGAAAACAUCAGCGUCUCCCAGAAAAAAAGAUAAACUUGUUCCAAAGCAUGCUACACGAUCAAGGAGGUCGAGAGCUUCAGUCACUUCGGUUACUGAUGCGCCUCCCACAACACGAAAUCGCUCGACAGUAUCGCCCUCACGGGAUGCCACGCAGACCUCGCCCUACAGUCUGGGCUCCCAAACCAAGCUGCUCUCUCCAAUCGCGAGCACAUCUUCCACCGCUGUGGUGUAACGAGGUCCACGCAAGCAUGCGUAUCAGACAAAUGUCGACUCUAUAUCAGAAACUGCAGCAGAGUUUGAAUAUCACGAUCCAUUUAUGAUCAGCUUCGAGCCGUCACAAGAUCUAGGUGCUUCCAACAUGUCAUUCGUCAAAGAUUCGUGAAGCCUCCGGUCUGAAGCUUCAAUCUCCACCGUACAAUACCUGGCCAGCGGUAUAUUAAUCUCAGUGAUCCUUUGGAGCACACCGUGCAGGACAAGGAUUUUCCACAAUUCAAGCCACCGCCUUCAAGCGCCCCAGAGCUGCUGGGGCGCUUGA